AAACCUAACAAGGGUUGUCAGCUUUAUUUAAUGACCAAUGCAUCAACAUCGUAGCAGCAGCAUCGUAACCAAUCUGCAUUCAUUUCUUCAAACCCAAAAACUCUUCGCCCACAUGACCCGCCCAAGCAUUUACCUCUUCGGCGAUUCAAUCACCGAGGACUCCUUCUCCGUCGGAGGAUGGGGUGCUUCUCUCGCCCACCAUUUCUCUCGCACGGUUGAUGUGCUGCUAAGAGGUUAUAGCGGCUACAACACUCGGUGGGCGCUCAAGGUGUUGGACAGGGUUUUCCCUGCGUCACUGGGCGGUGAGGCUGGAACCGUGACAGCGCCAAUUGCUUUGACUGUUUUCUUUGGUGCCAACGACGCUUGUCUUCCCGAUAGAUGUUCCGCUUUUCAGCACGUGCCUCUCCAUGAAUACAAGCAGAAUCUUCACUCCAUUGUUUCCUUCUUCAAGAAGCGAUGGCCCACAACUCUUGUUCUCCUCAUAACUCCUCCUCCAAUUGAUGAGGAGGCACGUUGUAGAUAUCCGUAUGUAGAGAAUCCACAGGGUCUUCCUGAAAGGACAAAUGAAGCUGCUUGUGAGUAUGCUAGAGGAUGCAUUGCUGUGGCUGCAGAAUGUGGAACCCCUGUGAUUGAUCUCUGGACCAAAAUGCAACAGUUCCCUGAUUGGAAAAAAGAUUUUCUAAGUGAUGGUUUGCAUCUCACUCAAAGUGGCAAUCAAGUUGUCUUUCAGGAAGUAAUCACAAAGCUGAGAGAUGAAGGUUUGAGUCUAGAUUCUAUGCCAGUUGAUCUCCCUCUUAUUGCUGAUAUUGACCCUAAUGACCCCCUGAAGUCAUUUCAGUAGUAAUUAUAGAAUAAUUCAUUAUAAAAGGGGUAUAUAUCUCUUUUUGGGGUUAUUGUACUUUUGUUGUUAUCGAAAGAUAUGUUGAUGUUCAUAUAUAUAAUACUCCAUAGUAUUAAUUUGGAUCGUCCUUUUGUUGUAGCUGUACUCUGGAAAACAAUUAUGUUGAAUGUACUGAUGUCUAAUGUUUGUGUACUGUCAA